AUGGGCUUCUUGAAAAGUUGGCUACUUUCUUUUUUACACUUCUACAUAUGUAGCAGUAGCAAAGAGGUGCGAGAAAGAAAACGAAGGCAUCUUGAACGUGACUAUACUGAAACAGAGGAAGUGCUGAACGUGUACUUAAACGAAAAGUAUAAUGAAGUUACCCAAAUUUUGAACGUAUAUCGUGACGUUUCAGAGGACCUUCAGAAAAAUCGUAAAGCAGUCCAAAAAAUGAAACGAGACAUUGGUCAAUGCAAAAGUCUUUUGAGUUUUAAUAGAGAGGAGCUGCGGCGUCUUUGGCUGGAGUUAGUUGAACAGCGACGCGCUCUUGAACUUAUUGAGGUGCUCGAUCGCGUGAAAACUGCACCCGAAGUCUUGAAAAAUCUAAUCGCUGCUAAGGCUUGGCCAGAGGCUACUGAGUAUUUACUGAAGAUGACUGAAAUUAUGACCAAGGAAGUGGAACAUGUACCAGCUCUGGAUACCGUCAAGGCCGAACUGUCUGUCAAGAAGAGGAUUCUGACUGAAGAAAUGCGUGCGACCCUUUUUUUCCUCGUGUUCAAUCAGCCAAUAGCUCUGGUGAUCAAUGAUAAAAAUAACCGGUGCAGUUUGGGUGCAGGAAUGCAAUAUUCACGAUCAAGUCAGUUAACCGAUGGUGUUGCGGCCUUCUGUGAUCUUCCACUAUCUGACUGGCGUUCUCUUUCAUCCGAUCCACCGGAGGUCGACUCAAGCCUCUUCAAGGAUCCUCAGGCGGUGGCUGCAAGCCUCCUUUCCAAACGCCUAGGUAGUGGACCCUUCGCCUCGUCGAAGGAGGCUAAGAAUAGAAUGAUGCAUCAUUCCUACGGCGGCGCCAACCGAACUCGUGACCUCAUGGAUCGCAUGAUAACUGAUAAAGGGCAGUGGGCGGAAAACAUUGUUGCACUGACUCAUUGUCUACAUCGAUUGCAGAAAUUAUCUCAGGCCUUCUCUUCGUGGCGCCUCAAGACACAAGGUAAUAGUACCGCUGGUGAUUUAUCAGGACUUCUUACUUCAAAAUCCACCCGAAAUAAUAAUGAAAUUUUUGUGCGGGGACGUGGAUUGAUUGCUGAGAUUCAUGAUUCCAUAACUCUUCCAGCCGUUGCGGAAAUCGAACGCACUUUCGUCGCACAAGGGGAAACAGCUCCGGCUUCUAGCCUAGCUGAUCCGACUUAUUUGGUCGAGUUGUUGCAACUGCUCUUUCCUGCUCUCUGCAUGCACUUCAACGCCUUCAUGCUGGUUUUAAAAACGACCAGAAAAAUAAAAGAGCAAAAUCCCGAUGUUUCCUUCCAAUUUUUGGAUGUACUUUCGGAAGAACAUAUUUGGGAAUACAUUCAGAUGGAAGUCCGAACGGUUCUCUCUGCCCAUCUAUCGAACUGGAAACCUUUAAAUAAUCCUACACUUCCAGUAACCGACAUCCGUGGUUCUUCGACAUCAAUGGCGGCAGUCUCUAAUUUCAACGCGAGCAAGUUGGACUUGAAUGCUCUGAUGGGUAAGCGAAAGGUAGGUUUCCCUGCCUUCCUCUCGGGGGUCACAGGUGAUUCAAGUGGAUCAUCCAACGCGCAGAAUGGUGGGCUAAAUGAUAGAUCCUCGACAUCCAACAAUGGCGAACUCUUUUUCAGUUUCUCUAAGACGGCUCACAGUCUGAAUUUGAAUAGCUAUCUUCGGGAAAACCGCAUCAAUAUGCCUUUUGAUCUGUCAGACGAUUCGAUCAGCAUAAAGCCACUAAACGUGGAGGACAGUGGCGGAGUGCAAGGGGAAGCGGUUUUCCCCUACCCAAUCGUAUGCCGUCCCUCAGCUGGAAAUGUGAAGAGUAUCUACUCCUUGGUGCUCACUUUCGCGCGUCUCAUUGAAACACAGUCUGUGUCGUCGCAAGGCGUGGUUCAGCAUGCCCUCAGUAACGAUGGCGAGCGGCGCCUACUGCCGGUUCCAUCCUUGCCGGAAGGCAAGAGCAGCAUUGGUUCCGCCUCUAUUGUUCAAGGUCUUAGGGGCGCCAUCCUUGCUAUGGGGGCACAAAAAAUGUUACCGAAGAAGCUUGCAGUUCGGUGCCAACUGAGAGUGUUUUUGCUCAGCUUCAUCGAUCGUCUUUAUUUGCCGAAUGCAGAAGUGGAACUUCGGCAGCCCAUCGUUCUUGCGGUCUCAAGUCCAGAUGCACUAACAGCCAUUAUCUCUCAACAGACACAGCGAGAGCUUGGUCUCCAACGUCCCAUUCUUUCUGUUGCCUACCUGACAAAUCAUGCCUUGGGGGAAACCAAGGGCAUGGCCAUAUCUCUCCCCGAUUAUGCUGCAAGCUGCGCCAAGAUAGGCCUCUCUGUUCUUGAGACCUUCCUUACCUGGGCCUCGUCUGUUUAUAAAAGUAUAAGUGUUUUGGAAACAAAUGGAGCGACGAUUCCCAGUGCUGAAUGGGCGCGUGAUAAGGAUCUUAGCAGAUUUUGGACAAAUUUCCCCGUUUGGCAACGCAUGAUGGCGGCAGACGCCUUCGCGACCGUCAACACAGCUCACAAUGUGGGGAAUCCGCACGACUUUCAGCUCGACGGUGGAGCGAGCAGCAGCAAGUCGACAAUUUUUGGUGAUCCUUGCCACCCUUCCAUCUCUGGUUCGAGCCUCAGUUCGGCGGCAGCUAUUGUGCUCGGUCUCUCCAACCUCGGGCUCAACGGACGUAGUGAUUCCACAUUCACGGGAGGAGCCAGUCUGCAGGCCAUUCCCUUCGCCAAUUCUGUUGGGCAUGGUAGCGGCGCUGAGAAUGAUCGGGCUGAUGGGGAUGGCAGUGGUGCUGCUGUAAGCAAUGGAGGAAUUUCGAAGCAGGAGGAUAUCCUUCUUCACGAACGUGAGGCAACUCGUCUGGCCGUGAAGGAGAUGGACAACUUGCUUCACAUCAUUGGCGAUGAAGUUGGAUCGAGCAAUGGUUUUUGUUUACCCACUGCCGAUAUGCUGACCAUUAAGAGCAUGGGACGCCUGCGCGAAUCAUUACAUUGGUUGGAGCGGUGUGUGCAGAACUGGCUAGUGUGGCUGGAGGGCAACGUGUCGGACCUUGACAUGGCACUGUUUGGUAAGACUGCCGAGGAGCUCACCUCCCUCUCCGACGCUACCCUCCUCACGGUCUACCUCGACGUGCGUGUGCAGGCCUACAACCUCUUCGGCAACCUCCCACGAACAGCAAACUUCUGGUGUCCUGUCGACGAAGUGGACGUAGACUCUGAAGUCACUCGCUGCCUUAUUUAUUGGGACCAACUGCAGGAGGUUUUGAUUCAUUCCUUUUGCCCCCAUGAAAUCAGAUUUAUUUUCGAUGGUCUCGGAGACUUUAUCUCACAAAUAUUCCUUCGUCUCAUACCCCAAAUUACACGAAUGAAUGUGAACGGCAAUCGCAAAAUGUGUCGAAAUAUCUAUAAGUUGCAGCAGGCCUUGGCUCUGUUGACUGAAAAUCAUGAGUCUGAUUUGAUUCGGGUUAAGCAGCUCUACGAACUCUUCUACCUAACUCCUGAGGCUGUGGUGAAUAGGGUGAUCGAACAGGGAGUUGCAUUUGAGGUUGGAGUCUACCAGAAUCUUCUUAAGCUUUACCAACGGAGCCAUCCGUCGCACGACCAUAGUCGAACCGACGACAGUAUUACCAAACUUGCUCAGAUUAUUCGAGCUUGA